GACGUAGUUGCACCGCCGCAAUUAAUCGCAGUUUUCUUGCUUCGUCCUUCCUUGAUCAUUCUUCCGGCGGAAUGUCUAUCAAAGAAGGCUAUUUAAGGAAGUGGUCAGCGAAUAAAAAUCAGUGGAGCAAUGUUUAUUGUAAAUUAUUACCUUCCGGUUGGUUUCAGUGGUUUGAAAAUGCAUCGUCCAUCUCCCCCAAGCGUAGUAUCGAUAUUCCGAAAGUUACCGCUUUUUUGGCUUUUGGUGAUGUGCUGAACAGAGUUCCUUGCAAACCAACGUGUAUCACCGCGGCCGAAAUUCCACAGGCCUUCGGCGUACCUCAUGAGCCUCAUGCUGGCACUAAAAUGUCAUUUUUUGUUUGCGCAAAUCCGAUGGAAAUGAGCGAAUGGAUGAAUGCCAUUACAUCUCUGAUUCAGAAUAGACCGUAUCAACCUUCUGCACCACAAUCCGUGCAAUCGCUUCCAUCAUACAUGCCAAGUGCAGGAGUACCUGGACAAAUCGGCUUCACGGGAAUGCCCCAACCGUACGAUUCGGCUCCACCGCCGCCAUACGGUGGUUACGGGUCUGGUCAGUACGGUGCACCACCUAUGGCACCCGCUUCUCAACCUGCGUACUGCCCGGGCCCCUCGGCCUACCCACAGCAGCCCCCACCACCACCCCCUGGGCAAGCGGGCUACUACCACCCACCUGCUGCAGGUCAACAAUUUGUAUCCUCAAACGGCCAGCCGUACGAAGUUGUCUACGUGGAAGGAAAACCAAAGAAGAAAAAGCUGGGUGGUCUGAAAAACGCAGCUGUUGGUUUGGCCUCUGGUUUAGCCGGUGGCUACCUGGCAAGCAGAAUGUUCGGAGGCUGGGGCCUCGGCGGAGGUUGGGGCGGCGGUUUUGGGGGACUUGGUCGCUGGGGCAGUUGGAGCUCAUUUUCCAGCUUCAGCUGGUCCGAUUGAACAGCGAGUGUAAAAUUCGUUGAUCCACCGCCUUUUGGUCUCAGGCAUUGCAUACGGGCGCAUUGUAACCGCCAACCACCUGACUUGCGCAUCAACAAAUCGAUUUCGGGCAGCCGCAUCUCUUAUCACGAUGACUUUUGUGUUGCGUCUGCUUACCGCACUUCAUAGGCCAUAUGCUUCGAUCCCAUUCGCUUGACUUCAUAUGCAUUUCCUCGUAUUUCAUCCGUCGUCCAUCAACGCUGUUGUUUACGUGUCAAUACUGGCUUCUUGACUUCAUCAGUGGUCCGAUCGUCUCGCAUGUACCCUUGUGAAUUCACCUUUACACCAUAAACCACAAGACAUCCACGCUAGUGGACGCAUUCGCACACACGCUAUGCGGUGUGCUGUAAAAAUUACGCCGAAGAAAUCGAACAUUCAUUCAUUUGCAAUACGUAGUCACCAUUGAACUCUGAAAAGUACUUCUCGGAGAGUGAGUUUUGUACUUUAAUGUCUCCAUGACAAUCUAAGUACUAUGGGCGUGAUUCCGCUAUUUCUUAGCAUCUAUUGAUUUUGGUCGGUGUCACCAGGCAGUUGCUAGAUUGAUUGUUCUAAUGAAGAACAACUGAUACAAACUGUUUUGAAGGACUGUUGUACGCAC